UGGAGCCUGCCGAAAUGCUUUUGAUUCACGUCACUUUUUGUUCUUUAAUUUUGUCCGAAGCCUCAAACCUCUGCUAGAGGUUCACAUCGCCUCGUCAUCUCCUCGAAAGCAUACGACUUCAUCAGCUCAUUUGCUUUGAAACCACAUACUUGAAAAUCCUCACCUUCUUUUCCUCCUCACUCACCUAUUUCCUUCGUUACAUGUCGAAUCCUUAAGUGGAACUCGGUUUCUUCGAGGCGCACCGCGCAUUUUCGCCUCUUACCCACCAUAAAGUCCUUCCAACUUCCACUUCCAGUCUAUUCCUCUCUCCCCCAGCUCGGGCUUCCCUUGACGCUUAAACAACAUGAAAGGAAAAGGCUCUCGAGCUCGCUCCGGCGCCUCAGAUCGCGGAGGUAUUCGCAAGCGGGGUUCGACACGAAUCGACCGAGAUGGCGACCUUUCUAUGGAUGGGGGCGCCGCUCGAGGGCGUGGAAAGAGGGCGCGCGGCGACACAGGCCGUGCGACUCCGGCUGGUGGACGGCCUCAAGCUCGGGACAGGACUUUGAAUGCGAUUCAGAAAGCGAUCGCCAGUAAUGCGGACUCGCAAGCGAAUAUUCGGCAGGGAACUCGAGGAGCGGGUUUAGAACAGGUCAGCGUUCGUGGCUGGAAACAGAGCAAGGCUGCUUCCAACCGUGAUGGAGGCCUUGAGAGUCUCAUCGCUUUCCUCGAGAAAAAACUCACUGCACCCGAUUCGAAAGCUGGCGCCCGCGCAAGAAUAACAAAGUCGCGAGUUGAAGGCGACUCUCUAAUAGUGUCUAUCCGACCCGAAUUGUUGGAUAGAAUGCUUCAGAUGAAUGGUUUUAGUUUUGCAGGUGCGCCUCUUACAAUCGAAGCGUACGGGCCGUCCGCGAAUGGAAUGACGGAUCAACCGAUGCUCGCGGAUAUCGCGCAGAAUGGCGGUGCUCCCUCGACCGCCGAUACCAAGAGCAAGAUGACUGCGAUUUUGAGCAAGCGAUAUUAUCAACAAACAAAGUUGCUUGAUCUUUCCAAGCUGGGCAGUGACCCCGAUCUUUUGGCCAUGGGCAUCUUCAAUAGCACAUCCACUGAGUCCAAGUUCUUCCCUGCGCUGAUGAAAGUCUGGGAGAUGAACUUCGACAGUUCUACGACGAGGCGUGAGGCCGUUGAGAGUGUCAGUCUUGCAGACAACCAACUGGCAAACAUCGCAGUCGUUACAAGUCUAGCCCAAACGAUCCCCGACCUGAAAAACCUGGACCUCUCGAACAAUAACUUCAAAGACUCGCAGUCCUUGAUCGGAUGGCGAUGGAAAUUCCGCAACCUUGAAUUCCUCGACCUCACUGGUACUCCUUUUAGCGCCGAUCCUACCUUCAAGGAGACAAUGAUGAAGUGGUACCCGAAGUUACGAGUAUUGAAUAAUGUUGAAGUUCGGACCGCGGAGGAGAUCGCUGCUCAGAAGAAAACACCGAUACCUGUUCAGCCGCCUCACUUCUUGGAUGAAUCGCAAAUCGCGGAGAACUUUGUCCGGGCAUUCUUUGUUGGUUAUGACAAUGACCGUAACGACCUUCUCAACGGCGUUUACGACAGUAACUCGACUUUCUCCUUAAACGUCAACACAUCCGCUCCGAGGGCUCAACAGACCGAGACCGCUGGCUGGGAUGCUUACAUCAAAAAGAGCAGAAACUUACUCAAGAUCAACCACCUUCCAGCUAGGAUGUCUCGCGCCUAUGUCGGCGUGGAGAAGAUUCGUGAAGUCUGGAAUAGUCUCCCUAAGACAAAACACCCUGAGGUGGCAGCUCAUCCGAACGAAUGGCUCAUCGAAUGCUUCCCGGUGCCAGGUCUUCCAGAUCCGUCCGGGCAGAGCAGCACUGGAGUGGGUGGUCUUCUAAUCAUGGUUCAUGGGAAAUUCGAGGAGCUUAUUGAUGGAAAAGUUGAGGUGCGCAGUUUUGAUAGGACAUUUAUCCUUGGUCCUGGUGGAGGAGUUGGUGGUAUCAGGGUGAUCAGUGACGUUCUUUGUCUGAGAGCAUAUGGAGGACAUGAGGCAUGGGUUCCUGAAAUGCCAACGGUGCCUCCGUCGGUCCAGCCAGCAAUUCAGCCAGCGACUCCCCAGGCAGUCCCGGAAGGCUAUGGUAUGCCGUUGCCCGGAAAGCCCGAGACGCAGGUCCAGCAAGAGCAGCUGGUAAUGCAGAUGAGCACGAAGACGAACAUGACUUUACAGUAUUCCGAAAUGGCACUCUCAGGAAAUGGCUGGAACAUGGAGGCUGCUCUGAAGAACUUUGAAGAACUCAAGGCACAAGGAACAUUACCUCCUGAAGCUUUUCUUCCUGGAACGGUCUAACACUUUAAGACGAUCACCGUCUCGAUGUUCUUGAUCAGUCUCUCAUUAUCACUCAACGCACAACAGAAGGAAACAAGUGUGGUAACUCGGAGUACAGAUUCUAUUCAUAUCAUAUGGGUGGUUAGCUUCUCUGCAUGGCUUUGGCGAAUGGUUUGGCUUCAUAAUAGCCGUUUGGGUAUAUCUUGCUUUUAUUGUUGUUUUGAAAAGAGCGUUCUCCAUCUGGAUGCUACGAUAUCAUGUCCGCAUAGAAGAGAAAAUAUACAUCAGCCGCUUUCUGCUGCGGUAUUCACACUACAG